CAAAAACACACAAGGCUCUGGCGCGUGUGCGAGCCGAAAGCAGUCUGUAGGGACCCUGGAGGAUGUUGGUGUGAACGCAGUGGGCAGACCCCACUGGGGACUUCCGCGAGAGCGCCGAAUUCCAGCCGGUGUAGUGGGAGAAGCAUCCCGGGGGAGCCGCAGGCUUCGCCGCCCCGACUGCGCUUCCGUUCGCCUGAGGGUAGCGCGCCAGAAGAUCUAACCCAGCAGGGAAGCUCCCUCCGCUCUCCUCCAUCUGGGUCAGGCACUUUAAACGGAAGCCGACUUGACCAUGUGUCAGGCGCGAUGAGGACCUCCGAGAACUUGGAGGAGCCUAGCGUCACGCCAAACCCCAGCAGGAACCCCAAGGAGAGAUUCGUUUAUCUGGAAGCGCUCCUAGAGGGAGGGGCUCCCUGGGGCUUCACCCUGAAAGGUGGCCUGGAGCAUGGAGAACCGUUAAUCAUUUCCAAGAUUGAAGAAGGGGGGAAAGCCGACUCUGUGAGCUCCGGACUGCAAGCUGGGGACGAAGUCAUACGCAUCAAUGAGGUGGCACUGAGCAGUUCCAGGAGAGAGGCUGUCUCCCUGGUGAAGGGGUCCUACAAGACCCUCCGGCUGCUGGUGCGCAGAGACGUGUGUGCGGCCCCAGGCCAUGCAGCUCCUGGUAACUCUAACUCCCUCAGCUCAGAGCUGCUCACCUGCAGUCCCCAGCAUCGGAAAGCAACAUGGUCAGGAGGGGUGAAACUUCGGCUAAAGCAGAGGUGCAGUGAACCUGCUGCUCGCCCUCACUCGUGGCAUACCACCAAAUUUGGGGAGACCCAGCCUGAUGUCAGCAUGAUGCAGAUAUCUCAGGGCACAAUGGGCCCUCCUUGGCACCAGAGCUACCAUUCCAGCUCUUCGACGAGUGACCUCUCCAACUACGACCAUGCUUAUCUGAGGCGGAGCCCUGACCGGUGCAGCUCUCAGGGGAGCAUGGAAAGCCUGGAGCCCAGUGGCGGAUAUCCACCUUGCCAUCUUCUUUCUCCUGCCAAGUCCACGAGCAGCAUCGACCAGCUAGGCCACCUUCAUAACAAAAGAGACUCGGCGUAUAGCUCCUUCUCCACCAGUUCUAGCAUCUUCGAGUACCCACCCCCUGGUGGCUCUGCCCGAGAACGUUCAGGUUCCAUGGACAUGCUCUCUGCCCGGGGCGGCCUCCUAGAAGGGAUGAGGCAGGCAGACAUUCGCUACAUCAAGACAGUCUACGACACCCGGAGGGGUGUAUCUUCAGAGUAUGAGGUGAACCCCUCAGCCUUGCUUCUUCAAGGUAGGGACGCCCACAACUCAGCCGAUAGUCAGGGCUGUGCUAAAUGGCAUAGCAUUCCUCGGGGCAAGGGGACGCCUUCCCUGUCUUGGAGCCAGCAGUGUUCUGGUUCCCUAGAGACUGCUACUGACAACCCGGCCCAUAAGGCAGGCGCCCCCAUGCCCCCCACCCGCAGUGAUAGCUAUGCAGCCUUCCGGCAUCGUGAGCGGCCCAGCUCUUGGUCUAGCCUUGAUCAGAAAAGGUUCUGCCGGCCUCAGACAAACUCUUCAGGCUCCCAGAAAACCCCAUUCGUAGAGGAACAGCUGCAUACAGUCCCAGAGAGGAGUCCAGAGACUAGCCCCCCAGUGAAACCUAAGCAUAAUUACACCCAGAAGACGAAGCCUGGCCAACCUCUGCUGCCCACUGGCAUCUAUCCGGUACCUUGUCCAGAGCCUCACUUUGCCCAGGUUCCCCAGCCCUCUGUGAGUAGUAAUGGUACUGUCUACCCUGCACUAGUCAAAGAGAGUGGGUACACAGCUGCUCAGGGAACUUGUAACAAGAUGGCUACCUUAGAUGAGAACGGGAAUCAAAAUGAAGCUAGCAGGCCUGGGUUUGCCUUCUGUCAGCCCCCAGAACACAACUCGGUGACUCCAGUGGAGAAAAAGCUAGAACCCACGUCUAAAUACAUCUACAAAGUCCAUUUUUCUUCAGUGCUUGAAAAUGAAGACUCCUCCCAAAAGAGACACGUCACACCUCCCCACAGCAAUAGCCCAUACCCCAGCGAGAGAAAGAACAUUCCCGGUGGCAGCAGCAGACCGUGUUCUAGUCAGCACAGUCUCUCGUCCCCUCAGGCCCAGGCUCUGCACCUGGGUGAUGACAGGAGGCCGUCCAGGCUCUCUCAGCCCUGGGAGGGUGACUUUCAGGAAGAUCACAAUGCCAACCUCAGGCAGAAAGUGGAGAGGGAAGGCCAAGGCCAGGGCCUGUCAGGCGACUCUGGCAGGACCAAAUCGGCCUUCUCAUCUCUCCAAAAUAUUCCAGAGAGUCUAAGAAGACAAAGCUGUGUGGAGCCAGGAGACGCCCCGGAGGUUUACCCCGGUGGCAGGUCCACCUGUGCCCCCACCACCACCAAGAUGGAGGACCCGGGAAGGAAAGCAGGGCCCGACAACAGGGGCUACCUGGACAGGUCUGUUUCCUAUCCGAGGCCCGAGGGCAAAGUGAAGGCUGCAGAAUCUCUCCCCAGCGCAGACUCCAGGUAUGAAGAGCCCCCGGCCCCACCGCUGCAGCAGACGUCCGGUCUGAGCCAGAGGAGGCCCAGCGCCUGCAGCACCUCUGCCCCGCAGUACAAGAAGCCCCACUGCUCCGUGCUGGAGAAGGUCUCUAAGAUUGAGGAGCGGGAGCAUGGCCUCCGCAGACCCACGAGUGUGGGCAGCUCCGCCUACGGCCUCAGCUGCAGGCCCAGCAGGACCGUCCCGACUCCCAGUACUUCAGGCAGCGACCUCGACGAUCCAAAAGCCAGCGGCAUCCAUUUCUCCGAGCCCACGGAGCACCUGCGCGAUGGGGAGCAGAGCCUCCCAGACGGGGAGUCUAAGCGGGAAGAAGCUUCUUGGCAGCAGUGCGGCCAGCUGCUGAGCAGAGCCACCGUGGAUGGCCGUGGACCUCCGUCCGCCCGAGGCAGCGAGCCUCCGAGGCCGGAGGCCCGCCUGCUCCGCAGCCAGAGUACCUUUCAGCUCUUCAGCGAGGUGGGGAGGGAAGCCUCGUGGUCGGAGAACAGGCCCGGCACCCCCGAGUCGCCGCCGCUGGACGCGCCUUUCAGCCGCGCCUACAGGAACAGCAUCAAGGAUGCCCAGUCCCGCGUCCUGGGAGCCACCUCGUUUCGUCGCCGAGACCUGGAACCCGGCACCCCGGCGACGUCGAGGCCCUGGCGUCCGCGGCCCGCCUCUGCCCACGUGGGAAUGCGGAGCCCAGAGGCCGCAGCGCCCUCGUCGUCGUUGUCCUCCCCGCACACCCCUCGGGAGCGACACAGCGUAACCCCGGCCGCAGGGACUCCAGCCGCACCCCAGACUGCCCGCAGAGGGCCGCGCCGACGCCUCACGGCCGAGCAGAAGAAGCGCUCCUACUCGGAGCCCGAGAAGAUGAACGAGGUGGGGGUCUCGGAGGAGGCCGAGCCCACGCCCGCUCCCCGCGGCCCACCGAGGCCCGCGCAGCCGCGCUUCUCAGAGGGCACCGUGGCUGACCGGCGCCGCGUCUUCGAGCGUGACGGCAAGGCCUGCUCCACGCUCAGCCUGUCGGGCCCCGAGCUGAAACAGUUCCAACAGAGUGCCCUGGCCGACUACAUCCAGCGCAAGACCGGCAAGCGGCCUGCUGGGGCCUCGUGCGCGCCGGAGCUCGGGCUGCGCGAGCGCGCACAGAGCGCCUACCUCCAGGCUGGUCCCGCGGCGCCCGAAGGCCCGGGCCUGGCCUCCGCCUGCAGCCUGAACUCGCUGCGGGAGCCCGAGGCGCUGCUGCCCUGCAAGGAGCAACCCCACCAGUCGGCCGCGGAUGGCCCGCAGGCACCCCGAGAUCGCAGCGGCUCCUUCGGGGGUGGACGCCUAGUCGGGGAUCGAAGGCGCUGGGACGCUCAGUCCCCCAGGCAGCUGCUCAGCGGAGCAAACUGCGCGCCAAGGGGCGUCCAGAGGAUGGACAGGGCCCCCGGUGAACCGCCUUCCUGGGGCAUGGUGGCUGGAAAGGCAGGCAAGUCCAAGUCAGCCGAGGAUCUGCUGGACCGCUCCGACACCCUGACGGUCCCUGUGCAUGUGAGGUCCAGGUCGUCUCCCACCUCGGACAAGAAGGGUCAGGAUGUGCUCCUGAGGGAAGACAAUGGCUUUGGUUUUGUGAAGGAUCCAUGUUUGGCUGGCCCUGGAUCUAGGUCUCUCAGCUGCUCAGACAGAGGCCCAAAGGAGCUGGCAUUGCCCCUGCAUCACCCUAUGCCCUGCUGGACCGGCUCAGGCUGCAAAGGCACUGUGGGCUCCUCAGCUCCUCCCGAAUCUUCUGGAGCCCCAGAUCAUCUGAAGCAACUUAGAGCACCUGGCCCUAGGCCACUUUCAGCAGGAAUGCAUGGCCACUUCCCAGAUGCCAGAGCUGCCUCUGUGGCCCCACUCAGCUCCCCUGUGCCAUCACCUGUCCUGUCCAGUUACCGUUCACAGCUUGCCAUUGAUCAGCAGACUGGGCAGCAGUCUCUCCCAUCCCCCGCCUCUGCAGUGACCCAGCUUGCCAGCCCAAGAAGCCAUGAGCUCAACAGCCCAGCAUAUGGGCUAGAGGAGGGAAUGUGGAAGAGGGCAUCCCUGCCUCAGCGACCACCUCCACCUUGGGUGAAAUGGGCCCACGACGUCAGAGAGGAUGGCCUUGCCGAGGACACCUCGGCACCUGAGUUUGCAAACCUGAAGCACUAUAAAAACCAGCCAAGUCUUCCAAGCUCAUGCAGCACUUCUGACCCAGACACUCCAGGAAGGAUCUCUCUCCGAAUAUCGGAGUCAGCCCUUCAAGCUUCCCCGCCACCUCGGGGUGACUAUGACGAUGAAGUGUUCGUGAAGGAUUUGUACCCCAAGGUUACUUCAAGCCCCACAUUUGAAGCUCUUACCCCACCACCGCCGCCACCGCCUCCUCCACCGAGCCAGGAACCUCUAGCAAAUGGUGUGGAUGACUUUCCUCCACCUCCUCCCCAAGCCAUGUGUGAGGUACUGCUGGACGGUGAGGCGUACAAGGAAGCUGGCGGCGGUUCCUGCAGGCUUCCCAGGGUGACAGUCUCAAGGGAAGAGCACGUGUCUGGGGUAGUCCAUUCUGAAGGUAGUUCGAUAAUGACAGCCACACCACCCCAAACUUUGGCGAAAGGUUUAGAAGCAGAGUCCAGCACACCGUCCAGCGUGAGUGCUCAGCCUCAGCUCAGUGGUGCUGGCAAGCAGCCCUGUCCCAGCCAGACCCAAGACCUCAGCUAUGAACCUGUUGACAGAACUCAGGAUCUCAGAACGAAAACCCACGCUGAGCCCCCGAAGACCUCAGAGGAGAUCCGAACAGAGGCUCUUGCCAAGGAAAUCGUCCACCAAGACAAGUCUCUGGCGGACAUUUUGGAUCCGGACUCCAGAAUGAAGACGACGAUGGACCUGAUGGAGGGUUUGUUCCCCAGAGACGCCAGUGUGCUGAAGGACAGUGGCGUGAAAAGGAAAACCGUAGACAUCACCAGAGAUGCCAAUGUGCUGAAGGACAGUGGCACGGAAAGGAAAACCGUAGACGUCACCACCAGGCAUAGUGGGUGUGAAGCCAAGACGAGCGACCACAAGGAGGCAGUGGGUGUGCUGGUCAACUGCCCCGCUUACUACAGUGUCUCUGCUGCCAAGGCUGAGCUGCUAAACAAAAUCAAAGACAUGCCAGAGGAGCUGCGGGAGGAGGAGGAGCAGGAGGACGUCAAUGAGAAAAAGGCUGAGCUCAUUGGAAGCCUCACCCACAAGCUGGAGACCCUCCAGGAAGCAAAGGGGAGUCUGCUCAUGGACAUCAAACUGAACAAUGCCCUGGGAGAAGAGGUGGAGGCUAUGAUCAGUGAGCUCUGCAAACCCAACGAGUUUGACAAAUACAAGAUGUUCAUAGGGGACUUGGACAAGGUGGUCAACCUGCUGCUCUCCCUGUCUGGACGCCUUGCCAGAGUGGAGAACGUCCUUAGUGGCCUUGGUGAAGAUGCCAGUAAAGAAGAAAGGAGUUCUCUGAAUGAGAAAAGGAAGGUUCUGGCAGGCCAGCAUGAGGAUGCACGGGAGCUCAAGGAGAACCUGGACCGGAGGGAGCGCGUGGUGCUGGAUAUCCUGGCCAAUUACCUGUCGGCAGAGCAGCUCCAGGACUACCAGCACUUCGUGAAAAUGAAGUCUACGCUCCUCAUCGAGCAGCGGAAGCUGGAUGACAAGAUAAAGCUGGGCCAGGAGCAGGUCAGGUGUCUGCUGGAGUCGCUUCCCUCAGACUUCAGGCCCAAGGCAGGGGCCAUCUCCCUGCCCCCAGCCCUCACCAGCCAUGUGACUCCUGCGGGAGGCCCUGUAUUUGGUGGCAUUUUCCCAACGUUGACCUCUCCUCUUUAACCGCUCCUGGAAGACCUGAGCAAAAGAUGCCACUCUCAACACUGUUUAAUAUGAAAGAGAUUUCACUACAAACUGCGGUUUGGGUUGUGGGUUUUGGGGGCUUCCUGAGUGAAAGGAAGAGACUGCGGGAAUCUUUCUUGCCUUUCACCGCUGGUCUUCUGUGAGCUUGCAUGCUCUGUGAAAGGAAAGUCAGUGACCUGCGACGGAUGGAGGGUGUCCCAUGCAGGUUUCCCCGGGGUGAGGCAGUGGAGAUGAGUGCGUGGCACCCUCAGGAAUGUAUCCAUAGUGGCCUUCCUUGCUGGUGGGCAGUGCACCCUGAUACCAGGGCACAAGUACCAGUCUUCAACACAAAGCCUUAAAAAGACACACACACAUUAAGAAAACUGUAAAACCCCUGAACAUUUUUGUUAUUUAUAUUUUUAAAAAUGAAAAAGAUCAUUAUGUUUGUGUGCUAACCACUUACUUGAUUCUAUUUUGUGGUGGAUGUAGACAAUUAUGUUUGAGCUUUGUAUUUCGUGAAAACCUUAAUGAAGAAUUCCAAAGAUAGUCAAAUUGAAUAUGGA